ACGGCUUUCAUUUCCAACGUCUCCUAGUCCAGGUCGACGUUUGUCUCUCUUUUGCGAGCCCCUUCCGGGAAUCUCCUUCUUUUCUCGAUUCCUCUCAUAUUUUGUCUACUUGACAAUCCUGCGAGCAACCUGCUCUUCUUCCAAUUCGAGAGCACAGUCGAGCACUUCGCGGGCGAGGGAAAACGACUGUGCGAGACGGCGGGUCCGAUUUCAAUAAACUGACCAUUGAUUCACGACGACGAAUACAACGAAGAGGAAUAACGACUGAGAUUACAUUCAUUUCAGUUCUAUUCUUCUAAAGCUGAUUGAUUGAUUGGCGAUUUUUUUGAUACCCCCAUAUUCUUGGCCGUGCUAGUUUCCCGCUUUUGUAGGCAGGUUCUCGCGGCGACGAAUUAUUUCCCGACAAGAUGGGUUGCUUAGGUCGAAAGACGGUCGAAAUUCGACCUGAACAAAAAUGGGAUGCUAUCAGUCUCAGAGACUUCAAGUCAUCAUCUUGUUUCGCUCCUUUCGCCUACGGCUAUCUUUACUUCUCUCUUCUUAUUUCUCUCGCCGUCUAUGGCGUCGAUACAUUCACUGCUGUCAAUUUAUUGGCAUUCAACACCUGGUCGUCUUCGAUUGAGCCUACGCAACUUGUUCCAUUUGACGUUUCGAAGUGGAUUUUCUCGAUUUGCAUUAUCGCCUCUUUUGUCAACCUGGCAUUCGAACAUAUCCGAGCUAUGAGAGUUAUGAAGCGAGGAAGCGUGGCUGAGUGUUACCUCGACAAUCUAGCCGUUCGCCUGGAAAGUAUCCGGCCCGGGGAUGGUCAAGGAUGGAGACGUUUCCUUGUUUUCGCCGAAUUGACUAAGUCUAAGAAAGGCGCUGAAUAUGUUGCGCUCUUUACAUAUUUCAGUUUUCAAUCUUGGAUUCGAGUUAUCUUCUGCUCUGGACCACGUCAGGUUGUGAACGCCCUGACGCUGUAUUCUGUCUACAGCUCAGAUCUUAUCCCGACAGACGUUUCUUCCGUGCAGAGCACACUGGGAACUUUCUUCGGCAAACUUGGAACCCUGGCCAACGAGAAUAAGCAGCAGGUAGUGAUUCUGUCGGGUAUGGUGUUCACUCUGGUUAUCUGGAUAUUUUCUCUUCUGUUCCUCAUCAUCGGGGCUUUAUUCUAUGUGUUCUUCCUCUGGCAUUACAUCCCAAGACAGGAUGGCGGACUACACGGAUACUGUGAGCGAAAAGUCAACAAGAGAUUGACCAGCAUCGUGACGGUCAAGGUUAAUAAGGCACUCGCCAAGGAAGAGCGAGACCGGAUAAAGGCGGGAAUUAAGGCCGCGAAGAAGAAUGGCGAGAAACCACCUACCGAGCGACAGGCAACUUUGCCAACUUUCUUGGAUGCUGGUAACGAGGAUAAACUUCCACAAAUGCCUAUGCUCAACCGCAACGAUACUAUGGCUACCUUGCCUGCCUACAGUUCACGGCCCGGUUCUUCACGUAGUAUCGAGUUGAACGCAUGGGAUCAGAAACGACCGCAGGCCUCGCGACAGGGAACAACGACUACGAAUGCAUCGAUGUCUAGUUAUUCUUCUCGUGCACCCUUGAUGAACGAUGCGGCGGCUAUGGGCUACGAUCGAUCGGCGUCUCCAGUACCGUCUCUUCCACCCAUUGACCUCGCCAACUUCCAACCACCCCCUCGACCGGGUACCGCGGCCUCAAAUAGGAGUUAUGGCCCUGGUGCGCCCCCCAGUCGUUUGCAAACCAACGGAUCUGGUUUUGGCGGCGGUUACAGUGCGAGCCCGUCUACGUAUACUCCCGAUGCCUCAUCGAUUCCGUCAGCUAUUCGUUCUCCGCCCCCAAUGGAUAGCUAUAGCCGACCUAUGCCCCGUCCCAUCGACCAAUUUAGCGGGCGCUCUAGCCCAGCCCCGUCUAUGCGUUCGAAUCGCGGACCUCCACCCAAUGGGCCUGCUUAUGGUGGUAACUCGUACCCUCCUCGUAGCGCUACCAACCCCAUGCCUCCGCCGCAGAGACAACCGCCGCAGCGCAAUUUAACGGCCCCGAUGCCACCUCGACAACCAGAUGGAUAUUACCCGCAACGCCCUGGCGCAGGACCUGGCCAACCGAACAUGGGGCAAGGAUACAACUACGGUAGUGAUAUGGAGCGUGGUUUCUCGAGAUACUAACCUUCGAUUUUGAAUGACGGUUUGUUAUGUAAAGGAAUUGGGACAUAUGGAUACCCUAAUUGCAUACUAUUUUAGAGGGUAGCUUUGGUGAUGUGGCUCCGCUACGGCUGGGCCUGUAUGAAAUGGUUCGGAAGGGCCGUUAUACCCGGGGAGCGAAGGAAGCGUCCGGACAGGAGGCGUUCAGAGUCGAAUCCGAUGAUAUUAAUGAAAAGAAAAUCCGAUGUAUUAUAUUCACCGACAUUUGGUCGUAUUAGCUACAGCUACCUACUACUACUACUACUUUGUAGCUACCACUUCUAUACUUGAACUUUUCCACGUACGGUUAUUCCUCGGCCUUCCAAUGUUCAUAAGUGACCUAGC